AAAAGUUGUCCUCUUCUCAAACAUAACUCAACUUACCGUUUGAAACUAAACUAUUAUAAAGAGAAACCAAAAAGAAGAAAAGACCACCAAACAAAACACAAAACAAAGAAAAAAAAUAUUUUAACAAAAAUGGCUGCCAAAGCAAUCGUCUUCUCUCUCUUUAUCGUCUCCACCGUGUGUUUGUCCUCUCUCGCCGGUUUUACUGCCGCAGAUGCUGAUGAUUUUGACAUUUUCCAGAUUCAGGGAUCAGUUUACUGUGACACUUGCCGUGUCCAGUUUGUUACCCGUCUCAGCCAAUUCCUCGAAGGGGCGAAAGUGAAGUUGGAGUGCAGAAGCAGAACAAACGGAACCCUAACGUUGACCAAAGAAGCCGUUACCGACAAAUCAGGAAGCUACAAGAUUGAAGUAACCGGUGACCACGAAGAAGAAGUUUGCGAGCUCGUGUUGGUCCAAUCACCGGACAUUGGUUGCAGUGAUGUCAGCAAAGAGGCUUAUUUACGUAACGCCGCUAAGAUCAGUUUAACGGCGAAUGACGGAAUCGUCUCUCACGAGACACGUAUCGUUAACCCUCUCGGUUUCAUGGUUAAGACCCCGUUAGCUGAUUGUCCCGCUGCUUUCAAGGAACUCGGUAUUGUCCCUGACGUCAUUUUCUAAGCGAAUAAACAAAAUAUAUGACGUGAGAGAUUUUUAUUUUGUAUUUGCUUCAUCUUCAAGGGGUUUUCGCCAAGUUUAACGAUUAUUUAUUAUUAUGAAUUAAUAUCCUCCUGAUUUGUUGAUGUUAAUUUCUCGUUUUUGUGUUUAAUUUGAAUGGUACCUUGUUGUUCCAUUGAA